AUGCAAAAUAAAACUUUGGCAAAUAUUCAGGACGAAUUGUUGGUAUUUGGCUAUGCUUCACGACUGUACGCAAACGACGAGCGUGCCGAGUGGCUGGCGGAGGAACGGCAUCUGAUCGCUCAUCCAGCAGAUUCUCAGCUUUUAAUUGAUAGGUAUGAUUGUCGAUUGCACAUGCUAAGUGUGGAACUGCUGAACUUAGCUAGCUCGGUGCAGGAGGGGAAUGGCGGUACUGAUUGCCCGGCUGAAUUGCUCGAAGAGGAAAUGUGCGAAGAGGAACGCUAUAAAGAUAUGUUCGAGGAUAUUAGAAGAUUAGAAGGUAGAUUUUCGCUUCAAUUCCGAAAUUAG